CUUUUCCAGCCCAGAAGGGCUGUGUCCGGUAGACUUUAAAAUCAGUCUAGUGCCCUUUCUGAACUCUCCCCUCUCUCCUGCUGUAAGUAGUAGUGUAGCCAGUACGGAAGUAGAGGUUAAAGUGGGACAGAGGCGCUGUGUGAGUCAGUGCAGUGAGCGGAAUUGUAGCUGCUUUGCAGAGCCGGCAGCAGCCGCAGUGUAGCUGUGUAAACCCAGAGACGGUGUGUGUAAAAGUUAGGAUGAGUGGAGCUCCAGCAAAACACAGGACCAUGAAUUCACCCCGAACUCUGCGCCUCGUCACUGGCAAGAGCACCAGGACCCUGUAUGUGUUGGGAAGGAAACUGAGAGUGAAUUUAACAAGUUGUGCCCCAGUACAGAGCAAGUCCUACUCUGUUAAAUGCACCCCCAAUGUGCAGUGCCAGGUUUUGCCUCAGGUCCAGGCUGGAAACUCGCUCUUCUUGCCACAGCCACUCAGCAGAGACACUGUGCUUCUCAUUUCCAUGGAAGUUGCCAGCUUGCAGCCCAAUGACAGCAAGCUAUCUGUGAGGUUCUAUGGGGAUAAGUCAGAGAUUCUUGGAAAUGCUGUGCUGCAUCUUACAGCUGUUGAAAUCUCCCUAGAUGUGGAUGCAGAUCGAGAUGGUAUUGUUGAGAGGAACAAUCCAAACAAGGCUUCAUGGAAGUGGGGUCCUAAUGGACACGGUGCCAUUCUGCUGGUCAACUGUGACUCUGAGUCUACCGUCUUAAAGAAAGUGGACAGUGAGAAUGAGGAGCUCAGUAAAAUCUCAGAUUUAAAGGACAUGUCCAAGAUGAUCUUGCGUACCAGUGGCCCAGCUGUGCUCCCAGAAGGCUAUAAACUGAGCUUGCAUAUCUCUCAGACAGACGCUGAGAGAGUGAGAAUCUUCAGGGCCAGGUCCACCAAGCAGGCAGAGGCCUCUCUGAAAAAUACAUUCCUCAGUUUGUUCCAGAAGGAAUAUCCUUUAGUGCUGAACAAAAAGCAACUGGCUAAUGAAGUCCCCUAUCAGGGUGGCAAGUCUGAGCUAAUGUUCUAUGUGGAGGGCCUUCACUUUCCAGAUAAGGACUUUGAUGGGCUACUUACGAUCAACCUUAGUCUUUUAGAGCCUGUUGCUGAGGGUUUCCCAGAGACUCCGAUUUUCACUGACAAGGUCAUGUUCCAUGUUGCUCCUUGGAUUAUGACACCCAACACCCUAAGACCUCUGGAAGUCUUUGUCUGCAGCACAUCUGAUAACUAUGAGUUUCUGAAGGGCAUAAAGCAACUGUCCCAGAAGAGUGGACACAAACUGAGGAUAUGCCACGAGUACAUGAACCGAGGAGAUCGCUGGAUGCAGGAUGAGCUUGAGUUCGGCUAUAUUGAUUCUCCGCACCAAAGAUUUCCUGUGGUCCUGGACUCUCCACGAGAUGGAGACCUUGGGGAUUUCCCCUAUGAUGUCUUACUGGGUCCAGACUUUGGCUAUGUGACCCGCUACGCUUCAAGACAAGAGGUGAGCAGCUUAGAUUCAUUUGGUAAUCUGGAGGUAAGCCCCCCUGUCACUGUGAAUGGGAAGAACUAUCCACUGGGCCGGAUCAUCAUUGGCGUGGCCUUCCCUACCACAGAGCAUGGCCGCAAUAUGACCAAAGUGGUGCAGGACUUCCUGUGGGCUCAGAAGGUUCAGGAGCCCAUUGCCCUCUACUCUGAUUGGCUCUUCGUGGGUCAUGUGGAUGAGUUCAUGACUUUUGUCCCAGCUCCUGACAGAAAGCAAUUCAGACUGCUGCUGGCCAGCCCUGAUGCAGCAUAUAAAGUGUUCAGGACAUUGCAGAAUAAAGGACAUGGGAAUGCUAAGAUGUUUGCAGGGACAGAGGAGGAGGUCAGCGUUGAUCAGAUCUUGAGUGAUGAGGAGUUUCAAGCAGAAAACAGUUAUGUCCAGAGCUGUAUUGACUGGAACAGGGAUGUACUAAAGAAAGAGCUUGCACUAGAUGAUGAAGACAUCAUUGAUGUACCAGUCCUGUUUAAAGUGAUUCCUGAAAAGAACAGAGCUGUGGCGUUUUACCCUGACAUGGUGAACAUGAUAGUACUCGGGAGGAACCUUGGCAUUCCCAAGCCUUUUGGGCCACAGGUGGAUGGAAAAUGUGCCCUGGAGACUGAGAUCCGCUCUCUGCUUGAGCCGCUUGGCCUGAACUGCUACUUCAUUGAUGACUUUGCAUCCUACCACAAGCUCCUGGGGGAAGUGCACUGUGGCUCCAAUGUGCUCAGAGAACCUUUCACCUUUAAAUGGUGGAACCUUGAGCUGUGAGAAAGUAGAGCACAACGAAUUCAGUAGGGUUUGAUAACAUGUGAGUACAAUAUCAAGAGGUCUUUUUUGUUUCACUUAUAAAAAACUAAUACAAUAUAUUUCCCAAAGAAGGUAACAUCAUCUUCAUUAUUAUAGGUUUGCUAUUAUUUAUUGACAGCAUAGAGCACUGUACAGAGCCUAUAUCAAGUGUUAGUCAUUAUGAGAUGAUAGCAUGUGUUUAAAGCAUUUGUGUUACUAUUUGAGUGAAAUACCAUAUCAUUUUUGAAUGGAGGAAAUUGUGUAAGCUUGAUAUUCAGAAAUAUUACAUUUUUCAUACAUGGAUGAACUCUGGGUACUCUGGUUUCCUCCCCCAGUCCAAAGACAUGUGUUGUAGGCUGAUUGGCAUCUCUAAAUUGUCAGUAGUGUGUGAAUGUGAGUGAGCGAUUGUGCCCUGUGAUGGACUGGCACCCCGUCCAGGCGCCCCGAGUCCCCUGGAAUAGGCUCCAGGCUCCCUCAUGACCCUGUGUAGGAUAAGUGCUAUAGAGAAUGGAUGGGAUGGAUGGAUUUCUUGGAUGACUAAAAGGUGUUCAUAAAUAAUAAGUACUAAUAGAGUUAAAAACUUUAUUUGACGUUUGAUAAAUUGUGAAAUAUACAGGUCUUGGAGGGGAACUCGGAUGUUUUGACGCUACUGCAUACCUGUUGCCUGCAAAAAAUCAUGCAGUUCCCAGAACAAUCUACUAAAGCAGUAUAACAAAUCCCUACUGCACUAAGUUUGCCUACUGCAGUAAGAGUAUCUACCAACCACUAUGCGUCUGGGAAUCUAGUUUUUUACGCUUCUGCGUUGUUGUUUUGUCCUGCUUACUUUAUUACUACCUUUGGUGCCUUAACAAUGAGACCUUUUGAAAGAAAAUGUUUUUGUGUUGUUUUACUGAAUGAAAAAUACAGUGUAACACAGCACCUUUUCACACUGUACAAAAUAAUCAAUAAAACCAUUCUAAACAUUG